AUGCAGGGGGACUUUGGGAGGAGCGAGGAGCAGCAGUCUCACCCGUGGUGUACGCCCGCUCUUGCGGUGAGCGGGAGGUCGAAGGCGCAGCAGUCGUGGAUGUGCUGGUGCAGGCUGGGAUGCAAAGUGGGAUUUUGGGAGCGGGAGAGGAAGGACGUCGAGGAUGCGGAUGAGGUGACGGAGUGCGACGAGCAGGUCUGCGUGCUCGUGAGACACGCCGUCGCAGGCCCGUGCGACGGAUGGGUGCGGGUCAGGGUGAAGAGCAGCGCGACCAUGGGGGAGGUGAAGGCCGCCCUGGCGGACGCGCUGGGGCGCCCAGACGUCGUGAGGCACGGCCGGUUCGUCAGGAGGGCGGGCAGCGCAGCCCUGUCGUCCAUCGGCGACGCGGACAAGCUCGGGGCCCGGCGGGCCCUCUGCCUGGUGGGAGUCACCGACCUCCGGGCCGCCGUGGGCGGCGGCGGCCCGGCCGCGCCAGAGGAGGCGCCCCUGAAGAGGCUGACCCUCAUGGAGGCGCUGAGGAUGCAGAGGGACCUCCUGGAGCGGUUUGGCAGGCCCGGCUUCCAGAGGAGACUCCGGGAGUUCUGGGGCAAGCUGGAGCACGAGGGCGCCGAGAAGUUCGAGGCCGAGCGCCAAAAGCUGCUCCUCGCCGCCUUGAUCAACGUGCUGCCCUGCUGCGGCAUCGAGGCCAGCCAGCGCGGCGUGCUCCACAUGAUGGACCAAUUCUCGCGCCCCGAAAGACCAUCCGACAGCUUGUCCGCAUCACAGUCGUCCAUCCUCGACCGCAUUCUCCUGGGCCCCCCGGGAGAUGGGCAGCCAGACGGCCCUGCCUUGGCGCUCCCACCCCUGCCUGCACGGGGCCCCCGCACGCCUGCCCUGGUGGAGGUGCUCGUUCGAGGCCACGGGGGCGGCGGCUCCGGCGGCGAGGUGCGCGUCCGGGUCCCCGAGGGCGGCACCAUGGGCGACGUGAAGGCCGCGCUGGCGCGCGAGCUGGGCGACGCGCGCGUCCUCUCGCAGGGCCGCCUGGUGAGGAGGCUCCACGAGGCGCUCGUGGCCUACGCCGACGAGGACCCCAUCGGCAUCCGCCGCCGGCUGCUCUUCCUGGGGCCGGGGCUCGGGCCCGGCCGCGCGGCCGCCCCGGAGCCCCGCCCCGCCGCGCCGCUGACCGCCACGGGCGCCAGGGAGCUCCUGCGGCAGCUGUGCGCCGCCGUGGGCGCUCUGGCCUUCCAGGCCGCCCUGAGCGAUGCGAGGCAGCUGGUGGCGGCGACGGAGAGGGAGCCCGACCGCGCCAGGGCUGCCCUGCGGUCGCUCACCGCCGCGCUCGUUGCCGCGGCCUGCCAGAGGUCGCUGCAGGGGUUCGGCCUCGGUGGGGGCGAGUGGGGGCACUGCCAGGUCCUCAGCGCGGUCUUCCCGCACCGCCACGACGCGGAGGUCCGCUGCUUGGCACACCAGGUCGAGUGGCAGUUGGGCGUUGAGCUGGGCACCUGGUUCGGCUUCGAGGAGUGCGCGGGCACUGGGCCAGUCUUCGAGAUGGGUGACGGGUGGCUUGCCGAGGGGGAUGACCUGUUCGCGGAGCGCAUGUCGCCCGAGGAUGCGCGCACGAGGCUGCUGGGCAUGUCGGAGUGCGAGGCCUUCUGUUACGAGGGGAGCCCCGAGGAGGAGAGCACACCGAGGAUGAUCUACUUCAAGGCCAAGUGGAGGCCGCGCCAUGGAGGCCGGAGGUCUGGCUGGAGGACCUGCCGGCUGCUGGGGGGCCCCCGCGGCGGCCUCGCCGGGCCUGCCCUCUCCCGGCGCGAGGCGGGGCGGCUCCUGGAGGACAUCUCCCGCCGGUGCUCGGAGCCGGCCUUCCAGGAGGAGGUGAGGUCGCUGGAGGCGCGCAGCCCAGGGAGGCCGGCCGAUGCAACCCGCGGCGAGGCGUUCCAUGUGCUCCACGCCCAGCUCCGCGGCGUCGCCUGGGCCUUCGGCUUCGGUGCCGACCCUGCGGGCGUCCGGAGGAUGCGGCAGUCGCUCCAGGAGCACCUGCGCGAGGAGCCGAUCGCCGCUGCUGCCAGGGGCGUCGACGUGCGGCUGCUCAGGUCCCUGCUGGGCGCCUGGUUCUCGGGCGGCGCCGCACCGGCGAGGGCCGAGGGCCCCGCCGCGGCGGGCGCCGCGGAGGCGGAGGCCCGUCGCCGAGCGCGCUCCGCGACCCGCAGAGUACGGGUGAGGCACGCGCUCUCGGGUGCCGAGGCGGUGGUGCACGUCCCUGGUGCGGCGACGAUGCUGGAGGUCAAGGGGGCGCUCGCCCAGCAGCUGGGCCGCGCCGAGAUCCUCCGCAGCACGCGGCUUGUCAGGGCCCACCGAGGAGCCGCGAUGGUCGCCUACGAGGACGGGGAGCCGCUCGGCGGCCGGACCCGCCUGCUGGCCCUGGGCCCCGACCUGGCGCGCAGCGGGAGCCCGGCGCGCGGGGGCUCCGCCGAGGGCCCUCGGGACAGCGGUGGCGCCCGCGGCCAGUGCGCCGCGGGGGGUGCCCUCGGCAAGCGGCGGAGGCUGCCGCCCAGAGCCGGGGCGGAAGGGGAAGCGAGCUUGGGCUCCGCGCUGCCCCGGGAGCAGGGUGGGCUCACGCUGGAGCGCGCUCACGAGCUGCUCGGGAGGAUGCGCGCGACUUGCGAGGACCCCGAGUUCCAGGGCCAGCUGAUGCAGCUCUUCCGGCAGCAGAGGGGCGACCGCUUCAACACCAGGGGCAUCGGCUUCCUGUUCGCCGAGGCCUGCAGGCCGCACGUGAUCGGGGCCGGCUUCCCAGACGACGGGCAGGGCUUCGGCCAGAUGUUCCGUGCCGUCCGCCUGCUGGGCUCCGAUCCCACGGUCGUCCGCGAGACAGCGCGCAGAUCGAAUACCUGCUGUGGGUGCCGCUGGGCUCGUGGUUCGGGCUCGCGCGGCGGGCGGGCGCCGCGGAGCUGGGGCUCCCCGGGGCGAGGGGGCUGGCGAAGGCCCUCCACGGCAGGUGCCGUCGGCCCGAGGUGCUGGCGCAGCUGCGGCAGGCCACCGCCGCGGACGAGCUCGGGGGCACCGCGGCCCCGGCCAGCGCGCGGCGCGCGCCGCUGCCGAGGGCGCUGCGCUCCUGGCACGGGCUGGGCCGCCACGGGGAGCUGGAUCCCGAGGAGUUGA